AUGGGCCUCAAUACAGAUAUCACUCGGAAGAUGGGCCAGAUCGACGAUCAUUUGUCGACCUCGGAAAAUGGACAAGACAACACUCAUAACGAUGUUGUUGAGUCAAACGAUGAAUGUCCAAAGGGCGCCAGCGUCACUAGGAUCGAAGUCAUUGACGCAGUGAGCAGUCCGAGAAGCAGAUAUGUUCUGUAUGCUGGUGAACUGGACAAUUCCACGAUGAGUACCUAUCGUAACUUUGCAGCGUCCGAGUUCGGCCAGCUUUCGAUGUUGGCGACAUUGAACACUGUCACGAGCAUAGUUUCUGCUGUCAGCAAACCACCGAUUGCCAAAUUGUCAGACGUCCUGGGGAGAGCGGAAGCGUACAUCAUCACGGUUACCUGCUACAUACUCGCUUAUAUUCUAUGUGCCUCAGCUAGGUCCUUCGACACCUAUGCCGGCGGCUGCGUCCUUUACGCUCUUGGCCAAUCUGGAACUUCGAUACUCAACGCGAUUGUCGUUUCUGAUAUCUCUCCUAUGCGAUGGAGAGGGUUUGUUUAUAAUAUACUAUACCUUCCAUUCCUCGUCACCCCCUGGAUCUCAGCAUUUAUCAUUGACAGCGUCGUCAAUGGCAUCGGAUGGCGCUGGGGAAUCGGCAUGUUUGCUAUUUUAAUGCCGUCUUGCGCCAGUAUCAUAAUCAUCAGUUUACUUGUCUUUCAACAUCGCGCAAAGAAGGCCGGUUCUGUGGUUUGCCAUCGUCCGAGUCUGUAUAGUUUCUGCUCGGGGAUUGACCUAGGAGGUAUUGCGAUCCUGACUUGCGGGUUUUCCUCGCUGUUGAUUCCUAUCACCUUGGCGGCCACCACAACAAGUCGAUGGAAGACACCAUGGAUAGAAGCCCUUAUUGUCCUGGGUGCCGUCUGUCUAGCUUGUCUCUAUCCUUACGAGAAGUACAUUGCUCAACAUCCGGUGAUUCCUGAGCGCUACUUCCAUACGUUGUCGGUGCUCGUGCCGGUGGCACUGGCUUGCAUCGACAACAUUGGGUUCGGCACCACUCACACCUACCUCUAUGCCUGGUCGAUGGUCUCACAUAACUUUUCCCCUCGCAAUGCCCAGUUUCUUUCAUGGACAAGUGGCGUCACGCAGGCGCUCGCUGGGAUGUGCAUCGGCCUGGUUAUGGUCCGCCUGCGAAGGUACAAAUGGAUCGCUGUAGCCGGUGCUAUUGUUCGGCUGAUUGGCUACGGGCUGAUGAUUCGCCUUCGUACAAACACAAGCUCAUUGGCGGAACUCUUCAUCGUCCAACUGAUACAGGGGCUAGGCAGCGGGAUCAUCGAGACAGUCGCGAUAGUUGCAGCCCAGAUCUCCGUAACGCAUUCGGAACUCGCUCAGGUGACAUCGCUGGUUAUGCUGGGCUCAUUCGUGGGUAAUGCGAUCGGGUCUGCCGUCGCUGGCGGAAUCUAUACUGGGGAACUCCGCGAGCGACUGCACAUUCGCUUAGGUAGUGGAAUUGGUGAGGUGCAGUUGGAUCAGGUGUAUAAUUCCAUCACGGGAACUGUACCCGUGUGGGGAACAUCAGAGCGGACCGCAGUGAAUCAUGCAUACUCUGAUGUCAUGGGCUAUAUUUGUUAUGCGGCCCUGGCGGUCUCUAUUCCCGUUGUUCUUCUUACCUUGGCGCUACCUGACAAGUGCUUAGGUGACGGACAUAAUCUCGUUGAAAAAUCUCAACAGGCAGAUAUUCCGAUGGCUGAUGCGGACGGUGUACGUGAUUAA